AACAAGUCGCGCAAAUUGAGGAGGAAUUAACGAACAGCCGACGACGACGACGAUGAUGAUGAUGAUGAUGAAGAAGGGCUGGAGAAACGAGCACACGGAGGGCAGUGCUACGAGCAGCGCUAUUGACGAAUAUGCCGGUCCUUCGCGCGUGCGCACCACUGCCAACGUAGCAGCAGCGGCGGCAGCAGCGGCGGCAGCAGCGGCGGCAGCAGCGGCGGCAGCAGCGGCGGCAGCAGCGGCGGCAGCAGCGGCGGCAGCAGCGGCGGCAGCAGCGGCGGCAGCAGCGGCGGCAGCAUGGUUCGCGCGAGAGCAAAGGUUUCCUAAAUCCCCGCUGUCACUCUCGCCACAGCACCGUGCAAUUAGCACGGUGCAAUUAGCACGGUGGCCGCACGCGGCCACCGUGUUCAUCGGGUGA